AUGGCCUUAGAAACAAAUUAUGGUGACGUAAAUGAUAUAUAAAAUCCUAGAUUUUGCUUUUAUGUGGAGAUCUACAUGUUGGUACAAGAGUGUAGAAGAUUCAUGAAAAGAUUGUAAGCGCAUUAGGAUAAAAUAAAUUAUAACAUGUCCUUUGCACAGGAAAUGUUGGAAAUAAAGAGACUUAUGAUUGGUUAAAGUAAAUUUCACAAAAUUUUCAUUGUGUUCGAGGUUAAUAUGAUGAUGUAUUUAUUCAUUUUUGAUAAUAGGAAAAUAAUGAAAUUCAUUAUGAUCAAAAAGUAAUUUAAAUUGGAAUAUGGAAAAUUUUAUUAAUUCAUGGGCAUUAAUUUGUGCCUUGGAAUGAUGAAGAAACAAUCAGCGUAUUCUUGAAAGAAAAUGCAUGUGAUAUUGCAGUUUUUGGAAACUCUCAUUAAUCACUUAUAAGUAAAUUUGAGAAAAAAUAUUUCAUAAAUCCUGGAACAAUGAGUGGAGCUUAUGGAUCUAUUAAAUAGUUAAAUUUUUAUUUAUAUUUAGAGAUGCAGUAAUUUAACCAGAAUUUGUUAUACUUGAAUGUUUAGGUGAUGAAAUGGGAGUUUAUAAAUAUAAAUUAGUAAAUGGCGAAUUGCUUAUUGAAAAAUGUGUAAUUACAAAAUGAAC